GCUUUGCAUUAAUAUCUCACAAGAAGGAAGAACCUUUUGUGGGAGCUGGGAAGGACUAUGUGUCAUCUUGCAUUGUGGGAUUGUGAUGAUUUUUAAUAUGGCGGCAAAACGAGAUAAGCAUACGACGCUUAACUGGAAACCUGUUCAAAGGAAGCCAUUUGACAAUAGCCGCGUUAUCCGAUUCAAGUGCUCACUUCAGAACACCAUUAUAGAUGUACUUCGCUCAAAGGGUUGGACUGAAGUGCGAGAGGAAGGUGAAUGGGAUUUUUACUGGUGUGAUGUUGGCUGGAUGAGAGAAUACUUUGACCAUACUUAUAUGGAUGAACAUGUCAAGAUCUGCCAUUUUAGGAACCAUUAUGAGUUGACACGGAAGAAUCUCAUGGCAAAGAAUCUUAAAAGACUGAAGAAACAGCUUGAGAGAGAAUAUGGGAAACUGGAAGCUGCCAAGUGUGACUUUUUCCCAACAACAUUUGAGCUUCCCAUGGAGUAUCACAUAUUUGUAGAAGAAUUUAAGAGAAACCCUGGUACAACAUGGAUCAUGAAACCUGUAGGGAAGUCUCAAGGAAAGGGAAUCUUCUUGUUUAGAAGGUUAAAAGAUAUCAUGGACUGGAGGAAGGAAGACCCUUAUCGAGCAGCCAUGUCAGAAGAAAGGAAAGAUGAAAAAGAACCACCAGAGGCUUAUAUUGUUCAGCGUUAUGUUGAGGAUCCUUAUUUAAUUGGGGGUAGAAAGUUUGAUUUAAGAGUGUAUGUUCUAGUGACAUCAUAUGCCCCCAUGUGUGCGUGGCUGUACAGAGAAGGAUUUGCAAGAUUUUCAAAUACAAGAUUCUCUUUGGACUCAAUAGAUGACACUUAUGUGCAUCUCACCAAUGUUGCUAUUCAAAAAACUGCUCCUGAUUAUGAUGCUGAAAAGGGCUGCAAGUGGUCUCUACAACAGCUUAGGAGGUAUCUUGUGGCCAAGCAUGGCUUGGAAAAGGUUGAGACCUUGGUGAGGGACAUGGAUAACAUCUACAUUAAAAGUAUACAAGCUGUUCAAAAAAUUAUGAUCAAUGAUAAACACUGUUUUGAGUUAUAUGGUUAUGAUAUUCUAGUAGAUUCUAAACUAAAACCCUGGUUGAUUGAAGUGAAUGCAUCACCAUCACUGACUGCAAGCAGUCAAUCUGACUAUGAACUCAAGUGUCGUCUGCUGGAGGAUAUGUUGCACAUUGUAGACAUGGAAAAUAGACUGACAGGGAGAGAGAAACGUGUAGGAGGUUUUGACUUGAUGUGGAAUGAUGGACCAGUCUACAUGGAUGAUACCAGUGGAGCAGAUUGUAUUCCAAAUCCUCCAUACCCUACAAAUACUUUCUUAGGAUGUGACAACAGUGAUCGUGACAAACAACUGAAGCAAGUGUUCAAGAAUGCCCAGGCCAUCAAGAAGACGUGAUAAUGAAUAACAGCCAGAAUAGCCUGCUAUCAGUGGUUAACACAUUUAAUACAAGCGAGGUAUAAGAAAAUCCACAAUCAAGUCCACUUUUUAAGUCUUCAGAAUUGUUCUUUAUCAUAGGCUUCAGUUCUUCCAAGGUUGUAGUAUAUGUACAUAGUAAACAAAUUUUGUAAAGCAGAAUGGGAGGGGUGUUGUAAAUGUCACAUUUCUAAAUCGAAUGAAGAAAUUGCAUGAAAAUGAAAAAUUAGAUAAGUUAGUUAUUUAUUUUCAGUGUGGAUGGGUAUUGUUAAACAUCUAUUUCUGUUGUCAACCAACUCCAAUAAACUGAUAAUCCAUACAUGGAUCCAUCUUU